GCCAUUUGAUAUUUCCCAGCUUCAACUGCCUUCAGAUUUAAUGUGUGUAAAUGGGUGUGUGCUUAACUUUAUUAUAACAACCAAUAUCAUUUUAAUUCUGCCACUGGGUAACAUCAUUAUGCCGGUGUGCUCCAUUCUUGUCUCUUUAUUGCUUUCCUUCCUUAUGACGCCAGCUGCGCGUUAAGUACACACUAUAUGGUAAGAUUGAGGGAGCAAGCAAGAGAGAGACAGAGAGAGAGAGAGAGAGAGAGAAAGAGAGAGAGAGGUUGGAUUUUUUUUUUUUAGGCAAGUGUAAAUCAUAUUCGAUGCUGCCAGUGUAAAUCCUUUAGACAACAUGCCUCUGUAUGAAGAAGGACGGAGGCUUAAACGUGAGAAGCAUGCAAGACGUAAACUUGCAUAAAAACACGUCUGUCGGACCGAGUACCGCUGCGGUUACGUUUCAGUCGAACAGCCCGCCGUAAACCGGCAUCUCUGACCCUCCUCCCCACUUGGCUCUCCGGCGGCUCGCGAACCAGCUGUACCGUGGCUCUCUCUGUGUGUGUGUGUGUGUGUGUGUGUGUGUGUGGCGGCGGACCGACGAGUGUGGUCUGUGCCUGUCCGCCUGUUGUGAGUGAGGCUUUGGACUGAUGUCUCUGCCUGUCAGGAAUUUGAAGUGUCUAUCGCCGGUCAUGUGCCAGUGUAAGCUCAUCUGCAGCAACCGGACCCUCUCUCUCAUGUUCGGCUGCAAGAAGUACAGGUACCAGGAUGAGGAGACGCCCCCCUUGGAGCACAGUCCAGCACAUCUGGCUCCUGGGAAAAGCGCUGAGAUGCUUCAUAUGAGCGACAAGAACCUUGCUGCAAUGGAGGCCAUACAUGGCUACACACCACACACACAUAUCUCUCCCGUCAAGCCUGUGUUGAUGUCUACGGGACACACUCCAAUGUACACCUCCGCUGUUUCCACACUGGGAAAUACUCCUCCAGUGGUGGUGAACACUGACACACUCGAUGGCUCCCCAUAUGUAAAUGGAACAGAAGGGGAAAUCGAGUAUGAGGAGAUCACACUGGAGAGAGUGAGUGGUAACUCAGGCCUUGGCUUCAGCAUAGCGGGAGGAACAGAUAACCCCCAUGUGGGAGACGACCCCAGCAUCUUCAUCACCAAAAUCAUACCCGGAGGAGCCGCAGCUCAGGAUGGACGGCUCAGUGUGAACGACUGCAUCCUAUUUGUGAAUGAUGUUGACGUGAGAGAGGUGACACACAGCCAAGCUGUUGAGGCUCUUAAGGAGGCUGGUGCUAUCGUACGCCUUUAUGUUCUCCGCAGAAAACCAGCAGCAGAGAAAGUGGCUGAAAUCAAACUCAUCAAAGGGCCUAAAGGAUUAGGUUUCAGCAUUGCUGGAGGGGUGGGUAACCAGCAUAUACCAGGAGAUAACAGUAUCUAUGUCACCAAGAUCAUUGAAGGUGGCGCUGCUCAUAAAGAUGGUCGUCUGCAGAUUGGGGACAAGAUCUUAGCAGUUGGUCACUCAAAUGUUAACAACGUGUGUCUGGAGGACGUGAUGCAUGAGGAUGCAGUGGGGGCUCUGAAGAACACAGCCGAGGUGGUGUACCUCAGGGUGGCCAAGCCCAACAACUUGUACCUGACCAACUCCUACAACCCCCCAGACCUCACCAGCACAUAUUCUCAUAUGGACACUGAACUCAGUCACCCCAACUAUCUAGGAUCAGAUUACCCACAAGCCCUAACUCCCACCUCACCUAGUCGAUUUUCUCCUGUUCUUCAUGGCAUGAUGGGAGAUGAUGACAUCCCCAGGGAUCCUCGCAGAGUUUUGAUUCACAGAGGCUCCACAGGUUUGGGAUUUAACAUUGUUGGAGGAGAGGAUGGAGAAGGAAUCUUUAUCUCUUUCAUUCUGGCGGGGGGACCAGCUGACCUCAGCGGAGAGCUGCACAAGGGCGAUCAGAUCCUCAGUGUGAAUGGCGUGGACCUGCGUAUGGCCACACAUGAACAAGCAGCGGCAGCACUGAAGAACGCCGGACAGACAGUGACCAUCAUCGCUCAGUACAGGCCCGAUGAGUACAGCCGUUUUGAGGCCAAGAUUCAUGACUUGAGAGAACAGCUGAUGAACAGCAGCAUGGGCUCUGGGACCACAACGCUAAGGAGCAACCCAAAGAGAGGCUUCUACAUCAGGGCCCUUUUUGACUAUGAUAAGACUGCAGACUGUGGCUUCCUCAGUCAGGCACUUGGAUUCAAGUUUGGGGAUGUGCUGCAUGUGUUGGACUGUGGAGACGAGGAGUGGUGGCAGGCCCGUAAGGUCAGCCCCCAGAACGAGGCUGAAGAGGUCGGCUUCAUCCCUAGCAAGCAAAGGUCAGACAUGACACUGGUUGAAAGGAAAGAGUGGUCUCGUGUUAACACCAAAGAGAGGGACCAUGGUCGGGACAGCCUGAGCACUCAGGGGAGAGAUAAAACCUCACACAGUUAUGAAACUGUCACCCAAGUGGAAGUUCAUUAUGCGAGGCCCAUCAUCAUUCUGGGUCCCGUCAAAGACAGGAUAAAUGAUGACCUGUUGUCUGAGUUCCCUGAUAAGUUUGGAUCUUGUGUUCCCCACACAACGCGGCCCAAGAGGGAGUAUGAGGUGGAUGGGCGGGACUAUCACUUUGUGUCGUCACGGGAACAGAUGGAGAAGGAUAUCCAGAGCCAUCGGUUCAUCGAGGCCGGCCAGUACAACAGUCACCUGUACGGCACCAGUGUCCAGAGUGUCCGGGAGGUGGCUGAACAGCAGGGGAAACACUGUAUCCUGGAUGUAUCAGCCAAUGCUGUGCGCAGACUACAAGCAGCUCAGCUUCAUCCCAUCGCCAUCUUUGUCCGGCCAAAAUCCCUGGAGAAUGUCCUAGAGAUCAACACCCGCCUGACAGAGGAGCAGGCCAGGAAAGGGAUGGACCGAGCCCUCAAACUAGAGCAAGACUUCUUAGAGUGUUUCUCAGCUGUCGUGGAAGGGGACAGCUUUGAAGAGGUCUAUCACAAAGUAAAGACAGUGAUCGAGGAGCAAUCAGGGCCUUACAUCUGGAUCCCCACUCGGGAGAGGCUGUGAUGCUGCGCCCGCCAACCCCGCCCCCUCCUUUUCCUCCUCACAACCACCGAUUGACACACCACCCUUCACCCUCACAGCGGAGCCAGCCUCGCCUGCCUGCCUGUCUGUCCUCCAGCAAAGUCAGUGCUUAGGCAAUCACUGGGAAUGACACAGAGAGACUAAUACAUACUAAGACAAACACAGAGACAAACACGGGAAGUGACACAGCGAGGAAAAGAAGGGUACCAAAACAGAGACUCUGAGACGGAUGUGAAUGCAGUAAUUAGACAGAAAGAGACUGAGAGAAAGACUUAAUUAAUGUUCCACUUUAAUGAGCCAGGAUUGAGUGUUGAGGCCCAGUUCACACUUGGCAUUAAAAUGCAUCUUGGCUUCAAGGACAGCUUUAAAUACAUCUGUUACUGCUUAAACACUGAGGACGCAAAUGUCCUUAACAAAGCGGUUUUAGCUCUGCCACUCAACUUUGUGUGUACUUUUCUUUUGGACAGAUCAAAAUCCAAUCUUCUGCUAUUAUUUGAAGGAUCCCAGAUGCUUUCUAAUGCAAAGUGUGAACUGCAGUCCAUCUCACCUGGAUCUCAACAAGCCUUGAUAUAUCUUAUACCUUAACAGGGCUAGAAAGAGGGUGAGCGGAGGUAAUAUAAAACCACCUCACCCUCCUCAGCCCUUUUCGAGUCUCAUGUCUUUCUUGAACACCUCCAGCCACUUAUGUCUGACAUGGAGGUGCCGCAAAAGACUCUGGCCCCUCUUUUUAUAUCACCUCCUGGCUUUCUCUCCUCAUCCUCCUCCUCCUCCUGUCAGCGCUGCCUUGUUUCAGGACAGGGACGGAGGAAGACCGAGAAAGAGGCGUUCCCAGAUCCCGCCGAGUCCCUUUUGAUGCGGAUUCAUUUCUCAGUAGUAAGACCUUUUUUGAGUGAGAUCACCUCAGCGAUGGAGACUGACAUUUGCUCAAUCACUCAUGUUGAAUAUCGCCAGGCAUUAUUUAGAGGCAGUUUAAAUAAUUAUAAUGAUAAAAACUCAUAUGCUGAAUUUGUGCAUGCAUCCUCAAAGACAAUGGUGACGGGAGUGAAAACAAGGGGAAAAAUCUGACAAAAAAAAAAAAGAAAAAGAAAAGAAAAGGCGAAUCAUUUGGGUGGGUUCUCCUUCUCCACCUUCAUAUAGUGGAGAAGUUUUUUUUUUUUUUAGCAUGAAGGAAGAAAAGAAGUGAGACACCUUCAUGAGAAAUGGUCAUGAGAGGCCGGUCCUGAGCACAGUAGAUGCUCCGACACUUUGGCCUCUGCUCUCUUAUGCACACACUCACGCACCCACACACUCUCACACCCAUCCACACACACACACACACACACACACACACACACACACAUAUGUAGAGUUGUAACCUCUGCUGUAACCUAGCACACUCCUGUAGAGACGGAGGGACUGGCUGUUCUGAGCUGCUUGUCAGCAUUCAGAAUGAAUGUUCUCUCUCUAGGCACAAACGGCAGAACUCACUGAUCACUCUUCCAGAAGAAUCCCUCAGCCGCAGACGUACACACUGUUUCCACCGGCCGCAGUAACAAAAAAACAAACAAAAAAGAAGCCAUUGCGUGUGUGUGUGUGUGUGUGUGUGUGUGUGUCUGUGUGUGCUUGCGUGUCUGGUGCGUGUAUGUGCACGUGGGUUUCGUGUGUGCGCAUAUGUGUGGAAACUCCUCUGUGCUGGAGGAUUAGGUCUUCUUUUAUUCUCUCUCUUCCACUUUUUCUCUGCUUCUUUCUCCCUCUUGUGUCCGCACCAGUUAAAGCUAAGUCAUGUUGAACAAAUAAAAUGCCUAUAUAUAUAGAUAUAAAUAUAAAUAGGAAUAUAAAUAUAUAUAUAUAUCUUUUUUAUAACGAUUUCUAAAGGGACUAAGUCUGUAAAAAUCAACAUCCCCAGACAAUAUUCCAUGGAUUUCUUUGGGUAAUAUUGCAGCUUGGUUGUUGAAUUUGCUCACGUUCCCAUUUUAUUGUUGCAGCAAAAAGCUACACAGAAAUAACUGAAGCGUUCACACCGAUGUAAAGCGGACCUCACAGCUUUCAACUGACAUAUAUGACCUGUUCUGGUGUACGUUGAACUGAAACACAUGUACAAUACAGCUGUGUGUGUGCGACUGUGUGUUUGCUGCUUGUGUGUGUGCGCGUGUGUGUGUGUGUGUGUGUAACGAAAGUCUGAAAUAUAAAUGAUCCUAUAUGAAAAAAAAAUCUAUCCUUUAUAGCAUCUACUGCUGGUGAUAAUGUAUAAUACAUAAAUGGGCGGUGUGUGUGUGUGUGUAUGUGUGCGUGAGAGCGAGAAAGUGAGACACAUACGGGGAGACGUAGUGCAAUACUGCUAUGAUGUUAUGCAAUGAAGAUGGUUUUACUUGUGUGUCAAAGAUUAAAACAGUAUUUAUAAAGUUUGCACUGACGGCAUUUUAUGCUACAGGUAUCAACAAGAUAAAGUGAUGAGCUAAAGCAAAAGAAUUCACAAGGUUUUCAAAGCAUGUGUUUGUAUUUACUUAUAAUUUGAAUUAUAAGAGUCAAGGUGGAAGUGUUGAUGGAAGUGACCAUUCAUAUUUAUUGUACGUUUCCUUUUUGCUCACAUGCUUCUCAAGGUGGGAACGCUUGUGAAUGACAAGUAUCAAUUUCAGUUUGUAUUAUUUAUUUAGAACUGUCACCGGUUCCAUCUCAAGUCUGUAUAUUUUCUGUAUUUUAUUUUUCCACAUCGAGAGAGCUUUUGGGUCUCGGCCAGGAAUGCUGUAAAUAUAAAUGGUGAGAUGUUGGAGUGCUGUGUGGCUUGAGGUUCAGACGUGCACACUGCUGAACUGAUGCAAGUACAGAAUCCAUCCGAGCCACAGCCCAGUAUAACCGCUCAAACACAGAAAAACAACAUCUGCACACAGAGACACACACACACACACUCUCAGACACACAAAAGAUAUCAGCACAUCCAUUUACAUUUACACAUGGAGAGAACCACAGAAACAACACAUGACAACACAUCCAUGAAUGGAGUAAUAUGUUUUCAAUUUCUUUAUUUGAGGGUUCAAUGUAUUUCUUAAUCUCUCUCUCUCUCUCAGCCAUCCGUAUCAUAGUGUGAUAUUCCUUAUAAAAUAUAUGAAUUUUUACAGAAAAGACUGAUUACAAAGUUACAACAGAGUCAACUGAUGCAGAAAAAUAUAUUUAACAAUGACAAUAUCAAGCAAAAUAAAAUGUUCCAGUUCAGUGAAGCGCUUGUUGUAAAUCAGCUAUAAAAUAAUAAAAUGAAUUUAAAAAUGCUUUCUGAAAA